AUGGUUGAAGCUGAAGCUGAAGAACCUAAUGAACCAGAAUAUUUGAUUGUUGGUGAGCCCAUUGAGCCUAUUAUUGUUGAAAAUGUUCUUCGAAAAGUUGAAAUUAUUCAAAGAAGAAGAAGAGCAAGGGAAGUACUAUUGCUGGAGUAUACAACUGACAAAUUUGUGUUAGUUGGUGAUGCUUACCCUGUGCCAUACAAUUCAAAAGAAGUGGCAAAGUUGUUAAAGUUCCUUGAUCGAAAAAGGAAGGGAAGGAUAGCUCGUGGUGAGAUUGUGGAUGAAGAAUUUGAUAUAGAAAUGUUUGGAGAUGAAGAAGAGGAGGAUGAAGAUAAGGAAGAUAAAGAAAAUGAAGAUAAAUCAGAUGAUAAAGAUGAUGACAAAUCUGAUAAAGAUGACAAAGACGAUGACGACAAUGAUGAAGGUGCUUCGGAAUUAUUAAUCAGAGAACGAAAUGUUCAAGAAAGAGUGGAUGAGUUGAUGAAUAAUGAAUUAAAUGAGCAGGAGGAUGAAGUUGAAUAUGAAGCAUCAUCGUCUAGAAAACAACCUGUUGAUCAGGUACUUCUUUCUAACCCUAUUGUCAUUUAUUUAUCUGGUAAACAACAAGGAGAGGUAGAGGUCAGAAGAACACGGGCUGAAAUGCUAGAGGAAUUGGGUUUGGAAGAUGGAAAAUUUAAAUUCGACAUUGAAGAUGAAAUUCCUCAUUCACCUGCAAAAGAUUUUGAGCCUAGAUACACUCAUGAAGUUGGUCAUUAUGAUGAAGUGAUUGUUGAAAGCGCGUCUGAUUCAGAGGAAGAUAGGGUAGAUUUUCAUUAUGAAGGGGAAGAUGUUGCAUUCCCUACGUUUACUGAAAUGUUUCAAGAUAAGAAUGAAGAUGAGCUAAGAAGAAAGAUUGAAGAAAGAAUUUCUACAGCAGAUAUUCCUGAACCAGUUCCUAGAGAGAUUACAGCAGAAGAAAGAAAAAGAUUGUUCAAGAAUAUGCCAAAAGAAAGAAAGAAUCUCAGGGCUCUUCAAUACUUCACACAUAGCAAAGAUCUUUCUUGGGGAGAUAUUCUAUCUUGGGGUUAUUUGGAAGAUUUGAAAGUUUAUGCAAUCAGAAGGGAGCAGGAAGUUCGAGAGCGUGAUCAGGAUUUGUGGGAUUACAUCAAAUUGCAAGCAAAGAACAAUUAUCCAGAUUGGAAACCACAAUUUCUGAAGCAGAUUGUUACUUACUUGGAGAGCGGAGAGAAAGACAUUACGUUGGAUGUAAAGCCUCCAAGGUGUUUGAAAAAUAUGCCUCUCAGAGCCAUUGAACAAGAUUUCUACGAUCUAUUUCAAGCAUGGCUAUACAAUCCCUCUACAGCUGAAGCAGUUAUUUCUUUGUAUGACAAGACCACUGGAGAAGGUCGAAGAAUAAGUAUCUUGGAUCCUAUGUGGCUGGUAAAUUAUUCGAAGAAAGAUAUAGAUUGUCUGUUUGUCAACAAGAUAAUCUAUGAUAAGAAAGACAAAGAGAUAGCUAUGCAGUAUCAAGGAGUGAUAGAUGUUUGCUUCGCAAAAGAAAUCAAUUCAGGAAGAAAUUGGAAGACGAAAUGGAGAGAUCUUGAAGUUGAUGAGUUCCUAAAGGCUUACAAGCGUAGUCAAAGAUCGAAAGAGAUAGCUAGAAAAGUUACAGAGAGGGGAAAGAAGAAUCUUGGUUAUGUGCCGCCUACUGAUCAAACGCCUAUCGAAUCUGAAGAAAAUAAAAUUCCAAAGUGGGAUCGAAAGCGUGAUGGCGACCCAGAAUACCGAAAAUGGUGGAUAAAUGAGGGCAGGCAUAAAAGAAGAAGAAUGUUAGAAGAACGAGCAGAACAGAGAAGACAAAAGGCUAAAGAGAGAAGACGCAACAGGAGGAAAUAA